AGUGACGCAGAUAUGGAGCUGAAAUCUCGCGCACACUGAGAGACGGCCAUUUUUAGCGCUCAUUGAUUUGCUUGUUUGUGGUUUGCAGUAAAAUAGAAAGAAGGGGAAAGUGUCUGCGGUUCGUGAACAAGUUUUAGAAGCGGACAGUCUGGUGGCAGCAUCCGGCUGGGUUUUUGGAUCGCGAGUGUGAAUGAUGUUUAUCCAAACGGCUGCACAAAGUCGCUGUUGACAUCAGAGUCCUGGGGUUGAUGUGCGUUUAACAGUCAGUCGCCCGAAUGGAAAUGGUGCCCAGCGAAGAGAACCAGCUCGUACCCAAAGAGGGUAUGUUUUGGAGUUGCAGGCAGAGUAUUUUGGAGGAGAUGAAGAAGAGGUUCUCGCAGAUAGAGAACGCCGCCGAGGAACCCCGAGUGCUGUGUAUCGUCCAGGACACCACCAACGCCAAGACAGUCAACGAGCGACUGACGCUCAACCUCCCAGCUUCCACCACCCUCUCAAAGCUCUACGAAGACGUCGCUCACAAAGCCAGCUACGUGAAUGGCACCUUUGAGCUGGCAUGGGCCAACGUCGUGGAUUUGGCUCCUCUGGACCAGGCCAGUGAAAUGUCUCUGGUGGAGUCUGGGUUCGAGCCAGGGAAGAGGAACUUCCUGCAACUCUCAGACAAGGAUGGCGAGCAGCCUCAGAUAGCUUCUGAUGAGUCCGGCACGGCGGACAGCAGUGGACUGGACGAUAGUUCUCAGGACCGCUUCAUCGGACCCUUGUCCCGCGAUGGUACAGUGGGUUGUAGCAGUGAUUACAGCAGCCCCAGCUACUCUUACUCCUCCAUACUCAACAAGUCUGAGACGGGAUAUGUAGGUUUGGUCAACCAAGCCAUGACCUGCUACCUGAACAGUUUACUACAGACCCUGUUCAUGACACCAGAGUUCAGAAAUGCUCUUUACAAUUGGGAGUUUGAGGAGUCUGAGGAAGAUCCUGUCACUAGUAUUCCCUAUCAGCUGCAGAGGCUGUUUGUGCUGCUGCAGACCAGCAAGAAACGAGCCAUAGAAACCACUGAUGUGACGCGCAGCUUCGGUUGGGACAGCAGUGAAGCCUGGCAGCAGCACGACGUCCAGGAACUUUGCCGAGUCAUGUUCGACGCCUUGGAGCAGAAGUGGAAACAGACGGAGCAGGCUGACCUGAUAAAUCAGCUGUACCAGGGCAAACUCAAGGACUACGUGCGCUGUCUGGAGUGUGGCAACGAAAGCUGGAGGAUUGACACGUAUCUGGACAUCCCGUUAGUCAUCAGGCCUUUCGGAGCCAGUCAGGCCUUUGGCAGCGUGGAAGAAGCACUGCAGGCCUUCAUUCAGCCUGAAACUUUGGACGGGCCUAACCAGUACUUCUGCGAGCGCUGCAAGAAGAAAUGCGAUGCACGCAAGGGUCUACGGUUUCUGCACUUUCCCUACCUUCUGACGUUGCAGCUGAAACGUUUCGACUUUGACUACACCACUAUGCACCGAAUCAAGCUCAACGACCGCAUGACCUUCCCUGAGGAGCUUGACAUGAGCCCCUUUAUUGACCUCGAGGACGAGAAAUCCCCUCAGACAGAGAGCUGCACUGACAGUGGGGCGGAGAAUGAAGGCAGUUGCCACAGCGACCAGAUGAGCAAUGACUUCUCCACAGAUGAUGGGGUGGACGAGGGCAUCUGCCUGGACAGUACCAGCACCACCGAGAGGGUACUUAAGCCAAAGAGCUCACUAACCUACGAACUCUUCUCGGUAAUGGUGCAUUCUGGGAGCGCCGCAGGUGGACACUAUUACGCCUGCAUCAAGUCCUUCAGCGAUGGCCAGUGGUACAGCUUCAACGACCAGCACGUCAGCAAGAUCACACAAGAUGACAUCAGAAAGACACAUGGUGGUUCCUCAGGGAGCAGAGGCUAUUACUCCAGUGCCUUUGCCAGCUCCACAAACGCAUACAUGCUCAUAUAUAGACUGAAAGAUUCCUCAAGGAAUGCAAAAUACCUCGACGUCGAAGACUUCCCAGAGCACAUAAAGCGUCUCGUUCAAAGAGAACGAGAGUCCGAAGAGCAGGAGAAGAGACAGAGAGAGAUCGAGCGCAAUACUUGCAAGAUCAAGCUGUUCUGCAUGCAUCCUGUCAAGAUGAUGAUGAUGAUGGAGAACAAGCUGGAGGUUCACAAGGACAAAACGCUCCGAGAGGCCACAGAAAUGGCAUACAAGCUGAUGGAUCUUGAGGGUGUAGUUCCUCUGGACUGCUGUCGCUUAGUGAAGUAUGAUGAAUUUCAUGAAUAUCUGGAGUGCUCAUAUGAGGGGGAGGAGGAUAUGCCUAUGGGGCUGCUCCUUGGUGGGGUUAAAUCUUCCUACAUGUUCGAUUUGCUCCUAGAGACCCGCCGACCCGACCAAGUGUUCCAGCCUUAUAAACCUGGAGAGGUGAUGGUGAAGGUCCAUGUGGUGGAUCUGAAGAGUGAGACCAUCGCUGCUCCAGUCAGCGUCAGGGCAUACCUCAACCAAACCAUUACAGAGUUCAAGCAACUCAUUGCACAAGCCACUGGGCUGUCUGCAGAAACCAUGCGAGUCGUCCUGGAGCGCUGCUAUAAUGACCUCAGGCUUCUCUACGUGCCCAACAAGACACUGAAAGCUGAGGGUUUCUUCAGGAGUAACAAGGUUUUUGUGGAGAGCUCGGAGUCCGAGGACCACCAGGCUACAUUCACUGAGUCGCUCCUAUGGAAGCUUCUGGACCGUCACGGCAACACAAUCAGACUGUUUGUUUCGCUUCCGGAGCAGUCUCCAGGUUCCAUGGCCCACAGAACUAGUUGCCCCAAAGUGAGCGGUGACUCUGAGGACUCAUUUGAGGGGGCUAAAAGCAGCGGCCAGUGCGUAGAGGCCAUACUGGAAGAGAGCACGGAGAAGUUAAAGAACCUUUCCCUCCAGCAGAAGCAGCAGCAGAAACAAACCUCCAGCACCAGCGAGAGCCAGAAGAGUUCGGACCACAGCGAUUUCGAGCACCUCGAUUUCCCGCAGCCUGAGAACCAGCUGGCUUCGGAGGAACGCUCCGACUCGGAUGCCAACAACGACCGCAGCACCAGCUCCGUGGACUCGGACAUCCUGAGCUCGAGCCACAGCAGCGACACGCUUUGCAACGCUGACGGCGCACCACUGCCUCUGGCCAACGGCCUCGACUCGCACAGCAUCACCAGCAGCCGCCGCUCCAAAGCCCACGAGGGCAAGAAGGAGACGUGGGAUACAGCUGAGGAGGACUCGGGCACUGAUAGCGAAUACGAUGAGAACGGCAAGAGUAAAACACAGACACAUUACCUGUACUUCAGAGCAGAACCGUAUGCACAAGAGGAUGCUGCUGGAAAUGGGCAGAAAGGUUUACUUGUCCAUGUUGAUAAAAGGAUCACUCUGGCAGCAUUCAAGCAGAACCUGGAGCCGUUCGUCGGAGUCCCCUCUACGCAGUUCAAGGUCUUCCGGGUCUACGCAAACAACCAGGAGUUUGAGAGCGUGCGACUCAACGAGACUCUUUCUUCUUUCUCAGAUGACAACAAGAUCACCAUUCGGUUAGGACGAGCACUGAAGAAAGGGGAAUACAGAGUAAAGGUGUACCAGCUCUUAGUCAACGAACCAGAGCCUUGUAGGUUCCUACUGGAUACUGUGUUCGCUAAGGGUAUGACGGUGAGGCAGUCGAAAGAGGAGUUACUGCCCCAGCUCCGAGACCAGUGCAAACUGGACCUGAGCAUAGACAGGUUCCGACUCAGGAAGAAGACAUGGAAAAACCCAGGCACUGUGUUUCUGGAGUAUCACGUAUAUGAGGAGGACAUCAAUAUCUCGAGUAAUUGGGAAGUCUUCCUCGAAGUUCUUGACGAACCAGAGCGGAUGAAGUCCAUGUCUCAGCUGGCGGUGCUGACGCGGCGCUGGUGUCCGGCUCAGAUGAAGCUGGAGCCCUUCCGUGAGGUGGUGCUGGAGAGCAGCAGUGUGGAUGAACUCAAGGAAAAGCUCAGUGAAAUGAGUCAGAUUCCUCUCGAGAACUUGGAGUUCGCCAAGGGCCGAGGAACGUUUCCUUGUGACAUAUCCGUGUUGGAGAUCCAUCAGGAUUUAGACUGGAAUCCUAAGGUUUCCACACUGAACGUCUGGCCCCUCUACAUCUGCGACGAUGGUGCAGUGGUGUUUUACAGGGACAGCACUGAGGAGCUCAUGGAGCUCUCGGAAGAUGAGCGCAACGAACUGAUGAAGAAAGAGAGCAGCCGGCUGCUGAAAACGGGCCACCGGGUCAGUUAUUCUCCCCGCAAAGAGAAAGCUCUCAAGAUCUACCUAGACGGAGGACCUUCUAAAGACCCGGGCCAGGACUGAGAGUAGGCCCCCCUUCUACACCCUGAUCACUUUAAAAAAAAAAAAUAAAAAUAAAUUUAAAAAAAAAAAUUUUUUUUAAAAUAGCUGACCUGCCUGCUGCAGUUUAGCGCUGCCUCGCUAGGGGUCCUUGAUGGCGUUGGAGCCCACAUCCGAUCCGACGUCACCGGUGCCGUACAGCCGGCGCCGUCUUCUCCGAGCUCUGCGGCGGACUUGUGUACGAGGCUCAGAAUUUCUACUGUGCACUGUAGUUUCUCGUAGAGUUAAAGGGAAGCGCAAAGCCUGUUUCAAAUGAAAAGACAUCUGGUAUCAUUCAGACAAAUCAAUGUUGACAAAAAUGGAUGCACUUGCGGAAUAGAGAGGACUAUUUUUAUCUCUUUCUCUGGCAGUUCUAUCUUUUGUUCGUUUCCCUCAAUCCCUGUUCAUUAAUCACUCCUCUGAGUAGUGAUCUUGUCCACCAUGCACAUGUCCAUGAUCCAAGUUUUGCUUGGUUGAGAUACAUGACAAGCCUGUCCUCUCCAACACAAACGUUAUGAUCCUGUGUGUUUUCGAGGUUCUCAGAAAGCUGAGGUUUUUUUUUUUUUCUUCUUGUUUUGUCUUUUUUGCGCUCUUGUUCGAUGAAUGAAUUAAAUGCUUCUCUCCUGGGUGACGAGGCUCCGCUCUGGCCUUUUCUACAAGAGUGCUUCCCCACACACGUGGGUGUGACGGUGGCUGAUGCUGUGUGCCACCCUGCUGACUGCUGAAGCUCCACCCAUUGUAGAGGGAGCCCUGCCUCUUGAUCCCUUACAACUCCUCCCACUUCCUCUAGGGUACUCACACUGGUACAUUUUUAGUCGGUCUUUAAGACUAGGGUAAUACAAAUCAUGUCGAGCUUUACCUAUUUACCUUCUCCCCCCCAACUCUUCCUUGUAAGUUAUUUUCACCACAGACAUGAUGGGUCUUGAGUAACUGGCACACGUUUUAACCCCCCCCAGCCCAAUUUUCUUUUUGUCCAGUUUUUAAUUCUGCACAACAUGAACGGAACCUGUGUGUGUGUGUGUGUGUGUGUGUGUGUGUGUGUGUGUGUGUUCGAGCCUGGUCUCUGCGUGUACGCAUGUUUGUAUGUGCUCUCUGUGUGAUGCUACUUGCUGCUGUUUUUGCAUAGCCAGAGAGCAAACGCUGUAAAGCAGGGCUGCCGGAUGCAGGUCGUUAGUUUAUCAUCGGGUUUAGUAGGUGUGCUUGAACAGGAAAACCACCAGACUGCGCUGUGGUUAGGUGGAGUUUGGCGACCCUGCUUUAGAGCCACACUGGAGGAGGAGCAGCGCUCUGGCUCACAGCAUCACUGAACUUGGCCGAACCUCCGUGGGUGCCCUGGGCUCCUAACUCUGCCACAAGCUGUUCACUGUAGACUUGCCAAUAUGGAAAUAAUAAUAAUAAAAAAAAAAAUGAGUUAC